UCCACCGAAGCCUAGCAGUUUCGAUUUAGAAUUCGUUCACGAGUGAUUUAUCUACCGAUGUCGCCCUAUCCGUUGCUCUUGUUUUUGGUCCUUGGGGCAUCCGCUUUCGUAGUGAAGGAACAGCUACCGGAUGAGCGGUUCCUGGGCAGUACCGAUGCAUCCUUUGGCCAGUUUCCAGCAGCGGCUUACAUUGUAAGUCCCGAGCGGCAGAUCUGCGGCGCAACCGUCCUGAACGAGAACCAUGUGCUGACGCUGGCACAGUGUGUUCUGAACGGGACCCAUAACACGAUCAAUCCACGUCUGGUGCGGGUUCAUGCCGGAGUGCUGAACCUUGGUUUGGUGUCCGCGAGCAGGCAAACUCGAUUGGGCGAUGUGAUCUACGUGCAUCCGAACUUCAAGGCUCACUCGUUGGAGAAUGACAUCGCGGUGAUAAGGGUCCAAGAACCGUUCAUCUUCCCAAGUAACGAGGUGGAACCCGCUUUGAGACGAACAAGAAUAGUGGCUAACGGCCACUCGUGCCUUUUGGCGGGUUGGGGAGCGAUCGUAGCUGGACCCGUGCAGGACGUUAACGCCCUCCAGAGGUACAUGGCGUUGACCAUUAACGAUCGCGACAUGUGCAGUUCAUUGCGGAGGGAAAUGCCAGUAUUUGAAAACAUGAUCUGCGCCGGCAAUAUGGACAACGCUCCGAAUGGUCCUGCUCCAUGCCAAGGCAGUUUGGGGUCUGGAUUGUACUGCGAUGGAGAUCUUACAGGAUUACUGUCAUUCGGAAUCAAUUGUGGAUCGUUAGGCAACCCACCCACGUUUACGCAGAUUCGUUUUUACAAUCAGUGGAUCGAGCAACAGUUCCUUAGAAACGAUCGGCCACCGCCUGGGUUCUCUCCUCUGGAUGUAGCUUAAGAGGAUUAUCAUACUGUUUGUAGGGACGUGGCCGGUGCGAAUAUCACAUAUUAAACGUAAAUGUAUUUAAAUAAACAUCAUGUGUACAACA